AUGUUGAAGGUGCACGAGGACUGCAAAUGCGUAAUGACGACCUCUGUGGCAGGGAAAGCUGCUCUGGUCACCGGAGCCGGAUCUGGGAUUAAUCUUGCGUUUGCACGUCUUCUGCUCUCACGCAGCUGCAAUGUCGUGUUUGCAGACUUGUCUCUUCGACCAGAGGCCCGUGAGCUCGUCAGCGCCCACCAAGGGCGCACCACGGCGCAAGCCAUCUUCCAAAAGACAGACGUGUCCUCGUGGAAAGAUCUAUCCGAUACUUACGAGAUGACCAAAGAUCGAUUCGGUCGUGUGGACAUCGUCUGUCCUGGUGCCGGCGUCUUUGAACCUCCCUGGAGCAGUUUCUGGAGACCGCCUGGGACGGACCCGGGAGUCGUGGACAAUGUGACUACAAACGGCUACAAAUCGCUCGACAUCAACUUGAGCCACCCCAUCCGAUUGACUCAACUAGCUAUCAUGGACCAGUUGCAAGAGCUCAAGGCGACAAAAGGAGAAGGCUCCCAUCCACCCCGGAGAACAGUUAUCCACGUAUCGAGUGUGAACGGUCAGGUCGCUCCAUUGUGGACACCCCUGUACAACACGGCGAAACACGCACUCAAUGGCUUUGUUCGCACUAUGGCUCCUCUGGAGGCGCGCCUGGGUAUCAGAGUCGCUGCAGUGGCUCCGGGGCUGGUCAAAACACCGCUUUGGACGACCGACGCGGAGAAGCGCGGCCCACUUUCGCAAGAUCCAGCUUGGGUCACCGCCGAAGAGGUGGCUCAAGUGAUGCUCAACAUGAUUGAAAAAGAUGCAGUGAGCACUUUGAGUCGUGACGAUGACGGAACGGACGAAACUCAGAGAGGCCUGGUGCGCGUGGCCGGAGGAUCCAUUCUUGAAGUAUCAGGGCAUCAAGUUCGAGAUGUGGCAGCGUUCUUCGACCCUGGACCGCAAGGUAUUUCAUCUCAAGACUUUGACAUGGACAAGAUGGAAGACGGGGUCUUUCGAAAUCUAGAGAAAAUGUCUUGA